AUGGACAGCGACAACGAGAUGAUGGUGCAACUGUUCACGGAGGAGCAGAACGCUGCGGCUGUCCGGCGGCAACAACAACAACUGAUUCCGACGAGCUUCCUCUGCAUUCGCCAGCCUUUGUUCGGCGUGCCUCGACGCGGCGGCUCAAAGCCAGGCAAGAGGAGGAACGUCAGUCGGCAUCGUCAAGCCGGCGCCAUGCUGCUUGACGUUGACUACUUCGUCGAUGACGUGUCUCAUUCGCCAAAGGAAUUUCGGCGCCGGAUUAGGAUAAACAAGGAUAUGUUCAUGAAGAUUGUCUUUGGCGUCAGGGAGUACGAGGACUAUUUCAUGAUCAAGCAAUAUUGUACAAGGUACUAUCUAGUUGAUGGUAUCUACCCGACGUAUGCUACAUUUGUGAAGACAGUCACAACUCCAACUUCGGAGAUGGAUGCUUAUUUUACAAUAUGCCAGGAGGCAGCUUGCAAGGAUGUUGAGCGUGCUUUUGGGGUGCUUCAGUAG